AUGGAAGAAGGUGAUGACGACCCUCCUAGGGUGAUUUUUAAUCAUGUAUUUUGGGCGUUUAAUCCAUGCAUUGAAGGCUUCAAAUAUUGUAAGCCACUUGCGCAAGUAGAUGGGACAUUUUUAACUGGCAAAUAUCAUGGUACUUUGUUGACUGCCAUCAGACAAGAUGGUAGUAGGAACAAUUUUCCAAUUGCUUUUGAAAUUGUUGAGAGCGAGACUAAAGAAGCUUGGAUGUGGUUCUUGCAUUAUUUGCAAAGAUAUGUUACACCGCAACCAAAUUUGUGUAUUAUAUCAGACAGGGGAACCGUUUUUCUAGCAGCUUCACAAUUGGAACACGUUGGAUGGAAUGGACCAGAUGUUUCGUUUGUGUAUUGCAUUCGCCACAUUACAUCAAAUUUCAACAAACAGUUUUAA